AUGAAGUGCAUCGCAGCUGUAGUCAUGGUUGCCCUGGCCGCCGUCGCCGAGUGCGGCGUUGUGCCGGUGGUUUACUCCGCUCCCGUCGAGAAGACCGUCGUCCAGCAGAACGUGGCCCCGAAGUACGUCGUGCCUGCCCCGCUCACCUACGCCGCCCCAGCCGUUGCUUACGCUGCUCCCGCUUACUCCUAUGCUGCGCAUACCGUAUCCCAUGCCGUCCCAGCAGUGUCCUAUGUCGCCCCGGAAACCCGUGUCGCGUACUCAGCGCCAACCUUCUACGCUGACUCGGAUGUUGUUGAAGCCGCCCCGGUUGCCGUUGCACCGGCCGUUGCCACCGUCGUUGCCCAGCCAGCCGUCGCCGUCGUCGCCCAGAAGGAGGCUCGCUAUCUCGCCGCCAACCGUGGCGCCGUUCAUGAGGCUCCCCUGGCCGGACACGCCGUGAACCAACAAUCCCUGAACGUCGAGCCGGCCCCGGGAACUCUGUAA